AUGAACGAUUCAAUAGAUCUGGAUGAUAAUGAGCAACUUAGAGAAGCUCUACAAGAUCUCAAAGCACAAAAUUAUCAAUUAAAAUCGAGUUUGACCGAUUCAGAGUUUAAAUUACAACAAGCUUUACAAGAUUAUUCAAAAAUCAAGGGAGAAAUCGGACUUGCAAACAAAAAAUACGAUUUAGAAACUAAUAGUAAAAUCGAAGAUCUUGAAAGAAGAAUGAAAAUAUUGAUGCAAACCAAUGAAGAAUUAAAAACGAAAAAUGAGCAAAUACAAGAAUCUGCAAACAAAUAUUUAAACACCGAAACUGACAGAUUAAAGAAACAGUACACGUUAGAUAUAUCAAAAUUGGAAAAGACGCUCAAAGAAAAAGAAAACCAAAUUUCAGUUCUUCAAGAGUCAUUAACUAAGACGAAAAACCAACAAAUAUCGCAAAAUGCAACCAUUACAAGACUUAUUGAUCAAUUGAAAGUAUACUUUAACGCUGAAUUUUUGACAGUUGAUAAUGUUAUUACGUUUUUGAACCAGCCGAAAGCCCAAGAUACAGUACCUGCACAAGUAAAAGAGCUAAUAAGCUCGAGACAGAUUGUUUCAGAUAAUGAAAAGACAAUUAAAGAUCUUUACAGACAAUUACGUAAUCUUGAGUCAAUUAAUCGUUCUAAAGAUGAAGAAUUAGAUUCACUGACGAAACAUUAUGAGGCUGCAAUGACGAACCAGAUUCAAAAAUCUCAAGCAAAGAUCAAACAACUUGAAUUGCAAAUUUCAAACCAAAAGGUCGAAACAAUCGUCCAAAUCAAGAAGAAAGAUGCUCCUCUAGCACAAUCUAAGAGUUACAGAUCAAAAUCUUCACAAACUGAAGAACAGAAAGUUCAAACAGUUCCAUUAACUCAAUUUCAGAAGAAAGAAGACGAAAUAGUAGAAAAAGACAAAACAAUAUUAACGUUAAACAAUAAAAUAUCAGACCUAUCUUCAAAAAUCAGUCAACUAGAAAAAGAAAGGCUUCUCAUCAAAGAUGAUGCAAAUCAGAUUUGUAAUAAUGUAGAAAAGAAGAUCAAAGAUAUACAAAUGAUGCAAAAGGACCUCUCUGAAGCUGAAAACGAGCUAAUUGCUGAGAAAGAUAAAAAUUAUAAACUUAAUUUGACCGUUGACGGACUCAACAAGCAAAUUGCGAACUUGAAAUGUGAUUUAGAUAUUGCAGAUACAAAAAUCAAAUCAUUGCUCGAUUCAAUUGAAGCAAUUAACAAAAUGCUCGAAGAUAAGAACGAAGAAACUAAAGAUCUUUGCAGGAUUCGUGAUAAUUUAUUAGGAAUCAUAUCAAAACAAAACAAUAUGCUUGAGACACAAGAUCAUGCCGUUGAAACAAUCGCUGCAAAACUUCGAGAUAAAAAGAAUUCACCGAUAAAAGUUCAGAAACAGGAAGAACUAACAUUUGAUUUCACAGGAUAUCCUACAGAACUUGUCCAACUACUCACGAAUAUUGUUGAAAAUGAUGCUCUUGAACCGAAUUCUCGUCUAAAAAGUGUUUUGAGAAUUAUUUCAAAAUGGAUUGGAAAAAUCGAAGGCCAAAACAGGAUCCUUAAGGAAACAUCCGAAAAGAACAGUUAUGAAUUGCAGAAAAGCCAUAAUAACUUCCUUGAUUCCCUCAAAGCAAUCAUUGGUGAAGAGGAAAUUACUGAACAACAAAUUCCAGAAGAAUUUCAGAAAUUGGCAAAUGACUGUCAAAAAUUCAAAGAAGAAAGAGAUUCUUAUGGAUCAAAACUCAAUAGCUUAUUAAUUUCUCUCAAGCAAAACUCAUUGGAACAAGUCAUUGAUACGUUUAACAAGCAAAGACAACAAAUACAGAAGUUAAAUGUUGAUUUGGAAAAUGAAAAACAACAAAGAGCAAAUGACUCAGAAUACUACAAGAACAGAAUGAGACAAUCAAAGUCAAAGCGUGAACAUCUCGCAGAAACAAUUGCUUGUCUUGAAGAAGCAAACCAGAAUUGCAAAGUUCAAAUUGAAGAACAAAAUCAUCAAAUUGAAAUUCUUCAACAACAAAAUGAACAAAUUAUUUCAACAUUUACAGAACAAAAAGAACAAGAUGAUGAAGAUGAUGAACUUAAACUGGAUCAAAAUCAUUACGAUGAAUUAAUAACUAUUCAAAAGAUGAAGUACAAUAAUUUGGAAGCACAAACAAGCAAACAAAUCGAAAAACUUUCAGGAGAAAAGAGAAAUUUGGAACUAGAAUUGGCAACAACAAUAAAUCAAUUGAGAGUUUUAGAAGAGAGAAACUCUAAGCUCAAAGAUGAUUUUGAUAAUUUAUUAACUAAAUACAAUGAAUCCUGCAUCGUUUUGAGACAAAAUGAAGUAAAAAUGAAAGGAGAAUUGGAAAAGAAUCUUAGUGACAUGAAGUCAAAAUAUGAAAAAAUCAAUUCUCUUCAUGAAUCUCAUGCUGAAAAAGCAAAUGAUUUAGUUAAAGAAUUGUCUGAAAAAUUAAAAGUUUCUGAGUCACAAAUCAACGAAAUGAAGUCUCAGAUAAGUGAGUUAAAUCUUAAACUCAGAAAGGAAGAAAUCAAUGGAAAAGUUCAAGCAGAAUCAUUUGAAAGAUCAAAGCAAUUGAUUGAAGCUCAAACAAAGGCUAAACUUGUUAUUUUCGAUACAAAUAAUAGGGUUAAGAUUGAUGAGUUAAAGCAUGAACAUGAACGAGACAUGAGAAAUCUUUAUGGUUACUUUGCAGAGAACUUUGGAUCAUUCUAUGAUGCAUCUCAACAAUUAAAUGAAGAAAGUUUCCAGAAACUUGUUUUAAUUAUUAAAAAAGAACUGGAAAAAGCUCGAAAACAGGAUCUUUUAUUUAGAAAGUUCUUGAAUGCUCAUGAUCUUCAAUCAACUGAAGAUGCAAUGACAAGCUUCAUUAUAGAUAAUCAUCCAAGCCUUAAGAUUUAA